GUAUCGUAAUCGCAUUUCAAACCCAACCGCAGCCGUUGGCACUACAAUCGUAAUCCAAGCCCAAACCAGCGUCGGCACUACAAUGGAAAUCAAACCCUAGCCCAGCAUUGGCACAAUGAUCAGAAUCAAAGCCCAACUCAGCGUUGGCAACUGCAAGAAUAAGCAAGGAACUGUCAAUAAUUGGUAUAUCUGGCCUAACUCUCCCUGAAGCUGAAAGAGGUAAACGUAGUUAUCAUCGAAGUUGACGUCUCUCCCUGCCUGCCACAACCACCUUGUCUUACGUCACCAACGACAGCAAGUAGAAACUACAAAAACAAAACCGUCGUUUCUUCUUGCCCACCAAACUAAAUCUGUCUCAACGAGCGUUCUUUUCCUGAAUUGCUAAGCAAGAUCGUUCAUUCUGUGUUGAGCUGUCGACAAAUGAAGUUAGCCAUUUGGCAGUCUUAUGGUUUUUGAAAAUUUGCUAUUUGUCCUUGUCGAAACACUUAUCUUUCAGUUAUUUAAGUGCUGUUGUUUCGGUGGUUUCGUGUAAUCAUGUCGUCUUUUUCGGAGUAUGGUUUGCAGUUUUUGCUGGUUUUCUUUAUUUUAGUAUCUACUUAUGCUCUAUCACUGUUGUUUCUCUGGAUUAUGAAUCUGUUGGGUCCGUUAUUCACUGCGUUCUUUCAGCUGUUGUAUUGGUUAUUAAGCACGUUUUUCAUGCUAUUAUAUUGGUUAUUUUGCACGUUUCUUAUAGUGUUAUGUCUGUUAUUUUGCACAUUCUUAAUUCUGUCAUCUAACGGGAGUGCUGCGGUGCCCAUGCUCGCGACGCACGAAUGGUACUUCAAAGAGGACGACGGGUCGUGGGUUAAGUUUGACAUCAAAGGUAAUACAGAAAAUACAAGUGCCAUUGAAAGAAAAUUCCAGUCGGACCCAAAAACCAAAUUCAAAUUUUCUGCCGGAAACCAGUCGUACGUUUUGAACUUCAUUACUAUGACCCAAACCAACACCUCGACAGGCAAAGUACGAGAGGUACGUCGCCUUAAUCAAACGGUAUCCCUGACUGGAUCUAGUCCUUCGAAUGCUCAAAUUUCCUCAGGACAAAAGUGUUCUACGAUGUCCCUACCAGCAAACCAUGCUGAAUAUACCAAAGUUCUAAAGCUGCUUAAGACCACCUUACCUAACUGUAACCCCAUCAGCAUAGUUAAAAUCAACAACCCGUACCUAGAAACAGCGUUUAAAAACAGGAAGAUUCAACUACAAAAUCAAUAUCCAAGUGUUAUGUAUAAGGAGGAAUACCUCUUCCAUGGUACCGAACCUGCUAACGUCAAAGCCAUCCUUGAAGACAACCUCGACUGGAGACUUCAUGGAUCCUGCACAGGACAUAAAUAUGGAAGAGGAGCCUAUUUCUCAAACAGCGCAAAAAUGUCUCGCGACUACGGAAAGGCCAUCUUUGUCUGCAGAGUCCUUGUUGGUCUCACGGCCCGCGGCGAAGAUUCUACCCUCAAACCACCGAAAGACGGCUUCAAUCGGCUUGUUGACACAACAGUUGAUGACGUUGCCAAACCAACCAUCUUCGUCAAGUAUGAAACUCAGGAGUACUACCCUGAAUACUACGCGGUGUUUUCCGCAUCUGGCUGAUCCAAUCGCACGAUUGACACCACGGUUAACGAUGUUGCCAACCAUGUACUAUGCGGAGUGACCCGGUAUACCAUGCGGAGUGUUGAGGUGCCUAA